CGGCGGCGAUGGCUAUCAGUUGGCCGUGAGCCGUCAAGUGAGUCUGAGUUUGUGGUUGGUGUAUGUAGCUUUGCAGCAUCACGAGAAGCGAUCGAUUCUACGGAGCUGCGCUGUCUCGCACAUCGCUCUUCUCUGUUCAGAGCGUUUCGUCUCGGAGCAUGUCUUCGCGUAGACAGCGAGAGGCGAUCGAUCUACCACUCUCGUCGUGUCGAGAGACGUUAAAAUAAUCUCGGGGUAAGAUAAAUUAAGUUUGAAACGUAAAACAAUUGGGAGAUAUAGGAAGACGGUGACAAUUGUUAGGCACCCACAUGAUUAAGGAUCGGAGGUGCCGAUUCGAUACAAGGCUCUCAUAUGAGAUUCUGCAUCAGUGACAGGAGCUCGCCUCGUCGUACAAAAGUGAGAGAGAGAGAGAGAGAGAGAGAGAGGGGGGAGGAAACCGAUCAAUGUUCACGUGACAAUCAACAACGCGAAGUGAAGUUGCCGCGAAAGGGUGCGCGAACAACGGCCAUAUUCAAGGCGAGCCCGUUGUCGCUCCCGGUAAACGCAGAGUCGCAAAAACAGUCUCGUGAUUAUUCAUCGGGAUAGAACGCGGAACGUGGUAAAAGAGAACAAGGUAGGAAAACGACGAGAACGAGGAAGUGCAGCAUUUAAGUUCUUUUCAAUACAAUACGGUGACAGCGAUCCCUUCCAUCAUCUCAUCGAGAUGGAGUUCAAGUUCAACGUAAAUAAACUCUUGCCUAGAAAGAUCAACAAGGUCACGCACAAUCUGGUGCCGGAAGACUUCAAAGGUGAUCGGCGUGAAUUGAACGAAUGUCAAAGAUUAUUGAGCAGAAUAUUGGACGAUAUGGGUGAGGCAUCAGCAAGAGCUCAAGGACUCAACAAGCCAAUUACUAGCGCCCUUAAACUCCGAGACACAGAUCACAUGAUUUAUUUGCUAGUAGAUAAUGAAGGGAACAAUGGGCUCGGUAGUGUGGUGGGAUUACUGAAAACAGGAUCGAAAAAUUUGUUUCUGUUUGAUGAAAUGGGAGAGCAUUAUCAGCUGCAGGCGAGAUGUAUCUUGGAUUUCUACGUGCACGAGUCGCGACAGCGUAUGGGUUUGGGCAAUAUUCUCUAUCAGCACAUGUUAUCUGAGGAAAACAUUAGGCCAGUGAAAUUGGCAAUUGAUCGACCAUCGGAGAAGUUCUUAGCUUUUCUACGCAAAUACUACGGACUCUCAAAGAUUAUUCCACAGAAUAAUAAAUUUGUCGUCUUUGAAGGAUUCUUUGAUGACGAGAGUCGAGAUGUAAGAAGCAAUAGAUACAGUUUACCUCCAAGAGUGAACUUGGACGAUGAUACGCCGGGUAAUAAUGACAGUUACGGAAGGAACGGUGCUAGUUUCACCGGGGUACCAUACGUUUCGCGUAGUUCAUUCGGUAGAUACGCUGCGGCGCGGCCGCCCUGCUCCAUGGCAAAUAUAAUCCAUAACACAGCGAUGCUUGGUCAAUCAGCCGAGCAUACUGGCAAUAGCAACAAUGGCAAUGUAUCGCCGCUUCCACCAUUGAAACUGGAGCGACCGCGUUCCUUGAGCCUCUAUUCUGAAGAGGAGCAGAAGCAACGUAGUCUCGAGAUGAACACCGUUCCGACGCCUGUCGUGCCGGAUAAUCAAACCAAGUCGUUCGUCCCUGUUCUGUUGGAAGCUGAAAAAACGGAAAAAAAUGUGAAACCGUCACCGUCAUGCAGUCAGGAAGUGGCCACUGGCACUAAUCAACACGGCCACUUGGAUCUUAAGUUCUACCAUUCCCCUUUAUGGUGAAACAAUUUGGCUGAUACACAGUUUUCUUCGUUUUUUUUUUAAUUUAGGAAUAAUUCAACCAUGCAAAGUUAACGCUAAAUUUCCUUUUCUUUGUACGUAAAUAGGAUUAUAAAUCUAGGAGCAAAAAGUAAAUAGUUGCUAAUUCACAGUUGAAGCACUGAGAUAAAUAAUUUUUAAUUUAUAACUUUUCUAUUUCCU